UUCCAUUUCUGGAAGCCAGAGGAGCAGCAUCCGAGACAGCGUAAAAAUUGGAGUAACGGUGCUCGAAGGAGACUGGAAUACGAAAUAAUAUCAUUUUAUUUUCAACAUAUCAACGAAAUAUACAUGGAUGCACAUUUUACGAGAUAAACAUGAAGGUCUCUGAUUUAAGAUCAGGUAGCUGCAACCUUGUUUUGCAUGGGCGGUAAUAUUCCAAGACAUAUGUGAUACAUUGGGUGUGCUCAGCGCGAUAACGGCGCUAGCAAGCAAUUUCAAACGGUAAAAUAAAUCCAGAUUGCUAGGAGAUAGCCAACCAUUUUAUAGUUAGCCAGCUAGCUUGCGGGGGAGCAAGCUGCCUACUCGGGCAGAGGCAUCAUCGGAUGCAUCGACCAAGAAGAGGCAUCUGGUAGGCAUUAGCCGAAAAUACAAUCUCGGGGCAUGCAAAGCGGUGUGUUUUGUGCAAACGGUUGAUAAAUCCCGCGUCCUCGGCUCUGGUCGUGGGAUUAACCAGCCGGGAGAGAAGGAGAAGGUGGGGCCGCGGAGUGUCAAAAACGGUCGAGCUAAACUCAGCGCAUGUAGCUUGGCGCUCUAGCUAGCGGGCUAACAUUACCUCUCCAUCGGUUUUCUAUUUGGGAAAUUAAUUUCGGAAACUAGAAUUAUUCGGCCAUUGGAAUUCUGAGAGCUUGCUGGGGUAUUCCGUGGCAGUUCCCCCUCUCCCCCAACGAGGAUCAGUCUGAGCUGUACACUUGAGGCCAUUGGCUUCUCUACAAAUAAUACCGAUUGGGGCGAAUUUCAAGGGGGGUAGCAUCCCCGUUUGUCUUGGACCAUGGCGGACGACGACGUGCUUUUUGAGGAUGUCUACGAGCUGUGCGAGGUGAUUGGGAAGGGUCCCUUCAGUGUGGUGAGGCGCUGUAUCAACAGGGACACAGGGCAGCAGUUUGCAGUGAAGAUCGUAGAUGUGGCCAGUUUCACCUCCAGCCCUGGCCUCAGCACAGAGGAUCUGAAGAGAGAGGCCAGUAUCUGUCACAUGCUGAAGCACCCUCACAUCGUAGAGCUACUAGAAACCUACAGCUCAGAUGGCAUGCUCUACAUGGUCUUUGAGUUACAUAGUAUGGAUACAGCUGACCUGUGUUUUGAGACUGUGAAGCGGGCGGAUGCUGGUUUUGUCUACAGUGAAGCUGUAGCCAGUCACUACAUGAGACAGAUCUUGGAGGCGCUGCGGUAUUGCCAUGACAACAACGUGAUUCACCGUGACGUGAAGCCUCACUGUGUCCUGCUGGCCUCUAAGGAGAACUCAGCUCCUGUCAAGCUGGGGGGGUUUGGAGUGGCCAUACAACUAGGAGAAUCAGGCCUGGUGGCAGGAGGUCGAGUAGGCACGCCCCACUUCAUGGCCCCAGAGGUGGUGAAGAGAGAGCCAUAUGGGAAGCCUGUCGACGUGUGGGGCUGUGGAGUCAUCCUGUUCAUUCUACUGUCUGGCUGCCUGCCCUUCUACGGUACCAAGGAACGCCUGUUUGAGGCUAUCAUUAAGGGGAAAUAUAAGGUAAUGAACCCACGCCAGUGGAGUCACAUCUCAGAGAGCGCCAAGGACCUGGUGCGUCGCAUGCUGAUGCUGGACCCCGCAGAGAGGAUCACUGUCUACGAAGCCCUCAACCACCCCUGGCUUAAGGAGAGGGACAGGUAUGCCUACAAGAUCCACCUGCCAGAGACGGUGGAGCAGCUGAGGAAGUUUAAUGCAAGGAGGAAGCUCAAGGGGGCAGUGUUGGCUGCUGUCUCCAGCCACAAGUUUAACUCCUUCUACGGAGACCCACCAGAGGAGAUGCCAGACUUCUCUGAAGACCCCACCUCCUCAGGACUGCUAGCCGCUGAAAGGGCAGUAUCCCAGGUGCUGGACAGCCUGGAGGAGAUUCAUGCUCUGACUGACUGCAGUGAGAAAGAUCUGGACUUCUUACACAGCGUCUUCCAGGACCAACACCUACACACACUGCUGGACCUCUAUGACCAGAUCAACACCAGGUCGUCUCCUCAGAUCAGGAACCCUCCCAGUGAUGGAGUACAGAGAGCCAAAGAGGUACUGGAGACAAUCUCCUGUUACCCUGACAACAUGGAGGCCAAGGAACUCCGGAGGAUCCUCACACAGCCACACUUCAUGGCCUUGCUCCAGACCCAUGACGUGGUGGCCCAUGAGGUGUACAGUGACGAGGCUCUGAGGGUGACCCCCCCGCCCACCUCACCCUACCUGAACGGAGACUCUCCCGAGAGCACCAACGGGGACAUGGACCUGGAGAACGUGACUCGAGUACGCCUGGUUCAGUUCCAGAAGAACACUGACGAACCUAUGGGCAUCACUCUGAAGAUGAACGAUCUGAACCACUGCAUCGUGGCCCGUAUCAUGCACGGAGGAAUGAUCCACAGACAAGGUACGCUGCAUGUCGGCGAUGAGAUCAGAGAGAUCAACGGGAUCAGUGUUGCCAAUCAGACCGUAGAACAGCUCCAGAAGAUGCUGAGGGAAAUGCGAGGGAGUGUUACCUUUAAGAUCGUACCCAGCUACCGGUCACAGUCCAUGUCUUGCGAGGUAUGGACCGAUUCUCUUGUGUCUCUAGAAAAUCAGAAAGAGUCCCCCGACCUAUCCAGACAGUCGCCAGCGAACGGCCAUGCUAGUGUCACUAGCUCCAUCCUGGAUCUGCCCUCUACCAUCCAGCCUAAAGGACGACAGAUCUCCAGACCUGUCAUCAAGGACAAAAUGUCCAUCAAGAUCUACGUGCGUGCCCAGUUUGAGUACGACCCCGCCAAGGAUGACCUCAUUCCCUGUAAGGAGGCCGGGAUCCGCUUCCGGGUGGGUGACAUCAUCCAGAUCAUCAGUAAGGACGACCACAACUGGUGGCAGGGCAAGCUGGAGAACACUAAGAACGGAACCGCAGGGCUCAUACCGUCACCAGAACUACAGGAGUGGCGUGUGGCGUGCAUAGCCAUGGAGAAGACUAAGCAGGAGCAGCAGGCCAGCUGUACCUGGUUUGGGAAGAAGAAGAAACAGUACAAAGACAAGUACCUGGCCAAGCACAACGCAGUGUUUGACCAACUAGACCUGGUCACGUAUGAAGAGGUGGUCAAACUGCCUGCAUUCAAGAGGAAAACGCUUGUUUUGUUGGGGGCCCAUGGAGUUGGCAGGAGGCACAUCAAGAACACGCUCAUCACUAAGCACCCAGACCGAUUUGCCUAUCCCAUUCCUCACACAACCAGACCUCCAAAGAAGGACGAGGAGAAUGGGAAGAACUACUACUUUGUGACACAUGACCAGAUGAUGCAGGACAUCAGUAACAAUGACUACCUGGAGUACGGUAGUCACGAGGACGCCAUGUACGGCACGCGGCUAGAGACCAUCCGCCAGAUCCACCAGCAGGGUAUGAUCUCCAUACUGGACGUGGAACCACAGUCAUCUCUUGUUUCUCUUCAGGCACUCAAGGUGUUGAGGACGGCUGAGUUUGCCCCUUACGUUGUGUUCAUCGCAGCUCCCACCAUCACCCCUGGAAUGAACGAGGAUGACUCCCUCCAGCGGCUGCAGAAGGAGUCCGAGGGCCUCCAGAAGACCUACGCCCAUUACUUCGACCAGACCGUCAUCAACAACGAGAUCGACGACACCAUCCGUCUGCUGGAGGAGGCUGUGAACCUGGUGUGUACCACCGCUCAGUGGGUUCCUGUGUCCUGGGUUUAUUAACCCCUGAACCCAGACCAACCAACACCAAACUCUGACUGUCGUCCCCCAUUCCCCAACAAACCCCGGUUUUCUUUUACAAUGCAUCUCUGUGGAACAUCUCUGUGGAAACCGUGUGGAUGAAGGAAAAAAUGAAUUGAAAAAGGACCUCUGAAACCUCAGUCAGUCCUCCUGAAGAAAAACAGUGACUUCUGUCGUCUUCCUCUCCACUCCUUACCGACUGCCUCAAAGGCACAUGUUGUGUGUGUGUAUACAUAUA